AUGCAAGCGACCCGGCGCUUAUUCCACCUCUAUCCUGAAGGAUUUGAGCUAUCGGACAUCGAUGUCACAAUUCUGGCUCAAUCGACGGAUUCACUUCGUCGUUGCUUGAUGCUCAAGGAUAGGCAGCAAUCCGCCACCAGUCCGCCGAUUCCAGGAGAUUCGGAGCUGAUAUAUAUGUGCGUGGGCUGGCCAGCCGGUUUGUCGACUUUGUUGGAAUGGCCUUUAUCAACAUCAAGGUACGCACUGGGGCAAUGCUUCUCCCGAGCGUGUUUUGCGGGAGAGACUGAGUGCGCAUUAAAUGUGCUCCAAUACAUGGACGUGGUAGGACAAUGGCAGUUGUAUGCUGCCGCUGGAUGCGGAAAUUUACGAAUCGUUAGAGAGGUAAUUUCGUUGCUAGCUGCGUCGCGUCAUCGCCUCAAAAAGGCGGCCCUUCGACAUAUCGGCCAUGAAGAACUUCGCCCACUUUUGGCGACACCCAGCGCCCUCCCAGAUAUGAAUGCUUCCAUGUUAUACGAUCAGCUCACAGAUUACGAUUCUGAUAUCCCGGACCCUUCCUUCAACGGAGGAUCAGUGUACAAUUCUGUCCAAGGUAACGUCACGGCUAUGAAGCUCCUUUACGAAGCUGGGUUUGUCGACCUGAACCAAUGCAACGAGGAUGGGCUUACCGCACUCAUGAGUAUUGAUACGUUAGACUGGUCGUACGGACCUUUCAAUCCUCGAGGGGAUAAUCGAGGUGAUGAGCAUUCGGGGAAACUCGGAUACCUGGCCGCGUGGAUGGUCAGCAAAGGUGCUAAUCUCCAUCAAUACUCGGGAGAUGACUAUCGUGCAAUAUGGUACCUGGCGGAGGAGAUCGCUUCCACAUUCUCAUGCAGUAGUUGGAGGACUGGAAUUUCUAUGGACCAGGCCGAGGUGAGGUCAGACCUUCAUAGGCAGCAUCCGGAUAGCAGAGAUUUAUUGUAUACUCUGUUGGCUGAUGAUAGCAUUGAUGGGUGCUUGUGCGCGUGCUCGGAGACUGGCUGCACUACAUGGACAAGGAUACUGAGAGCCUGGGAUCCAGAACCAUCCAGCAACCAUAAGUCACUUCUCGCUGUGCUGUUGGAUGAAUGCCAGAAUAACUCGCCCGAUGCAUUGACAAACGACCAAUGGACUAGACUUGCCCAGCAAACAAUCCGCUGCCUGACAUUCGAAGCGCUCGAGCUGACGCAUACUUGUCAUGGUAUACUUUGGCGAGGAGGGGAUCACAUGGAUCCAGAGGAGAUAGAUGAGAUUCGGGAUGAGGAGGCUUCGCUGAUUGAGGAACUCGAGAACCUAGUACUGGAGUUCAACCGGUCUUACGCCGAUCUCGAGGUCGGAAUAUAUGAGUUCGUCUUCAAUCACUGGUUUCCGCGCAUGGAUGAAGUUGUUCCACCCGAGGGCGAUGAGGAGGAGAUAAGACGAAUUCGCGCCGCAGGUGUCCGUCGACCAGAAUCGGACUGCAUUGACUGGGAUGCAAGCGAUGAUGACUCUCUCGAUGAGGACUGA